CUGUCUUUUUCUCGCACAGAAAGAUGCACCGCUCUGUUCGUGUGCAACAAUUGUCCGAGAGUUGUUUGCCAUUCAUGAUCAAGGCGUUUAAAAUUUAAGUUCGGAAUCUUCGACUUAAUUUCUUUCCACGCGACUGGAGCAUAUUUCAGACGAAGAUGGUUGACCUAGAAAGCGAGGUGCCCCCUCUUCCUCCGCGAUAUAGAUUUAGGGAUUUGCUACUUGGGGACCAAGGCUGGAUAAACGAUGACAGGGUGCAAGUUGAAUUCUACGUCAAUGAAAAUACUUUCAAGGAGAGACUCAAACUGUUUUUCAUCAAAAACAAAAGAUCAAGCCUUAGGAUACGCGUAUUUUACUUCUCACUCAAGUUUUUGAGCUGCCUUUUGUACAUAUGCCGGGUGCAACUGGAUGAUCCGAUAGCUGGACAUGGAUGGUCUCCUAUAAUCUGGGUGAACAGAGGUCUUGCUAUAUGGAUAUUACAGGUCUCUGUAGCAGUGAUCAGCCUUUUUGAAACAAUCCUGCUGACUUAUCUGAGCUACAAGGGAAAUGUCUGGGACCAGGUGCUCCGAAUGCCGUUCAUCCUAGAGAUGAUAAACACUGUGCCCUUUCUAUUCACGAUAAUGUGGUACCCUUUACGAAACCUCUUCAUUCCUGUGUUUCUAAACUGCUGGCUGGCCAAGCAUACCUUCGAAAAUAUGAUAAACGACUUCCACCGUGCAAUACAGCGGACCCAGUCGGCCAUGUUCAAUCAGGUCCUCGUGCUGAUCUCCACACUGCUCUGCCUGAUAUUCACUGGCAUCUGUGGGAUUCAGCACCUGGAACGGGCGGGGCAGCGGCUCACCCUCUUCGACUCCUUCUACUUUUGCAUUGUCACCUUCUCCACCGUGGGCUUCGGCGACGUCACACCCAGAAUCUGGCCCUCCAAGCUGCUGGUGGUCAUCAUGAUCUGCGUGGCCCUCGUUGUUCUGCCCAUGCAGUUUGAGCAGCUGGCGUACCUGUGGAUGGAGCGGCAGAAGUCAGGCGGGAACUACAGCCGGCACCGGGCAGAGACGGAAAGGCACGUGGUGCUCUGCGUCAGCUCACUCAAGAUUGACCUGCUCAUGGAUUUCCUUAACGAGUUCUACGCCCAUGCCAGGUUACAGGACUACUAUGUGGUCAUACUCUGCCCAACGGAGAUGGAUGCCCAGGUCCGGAGAGUUCUGCAGAUCCCAAUGUGGUGUCAGAGAGUCAUUUACCUCCAGGGGUCUGCUCUGAAGGACCAGGACCUGCUCAGGGCCAAGCUGGAUAACGCAGAGGGCUGCUUCAUCCUCAGUAGCCGAUGUGAAGUGGACCGCACAGCUGCGGAUCAUCAGACGAUUUUAAGAGCUUGGGCAGUAAAGGAUUUUGCUCCUAACUGCCCCCUCUAUGUCCAGAUUCUUAAGCCAGAAAACAAAUUUCAUGUCAAGUUUGCAGAUCACGUGGUCUGUGAAGAGGAGUUCAAGUAUGCCAUGUUGGCUCUGAACUGUGUCUGCCCGGCAACAUCCACCUUCAUCACCCUGCUGGUCCACACUUCCCAGGGACUGGAAGGGCAACAGUCCCCGGAGCAGUGGCACAGAAUGAGUGGUCGUUGCUCGGGCAAUGAGGUGUACAGCAUCAUCCUGGAGGAGAGCGUCUUCUUCUCCGAGUUUGAGGGGAAGAGCUUCACCUACGCCUCAUUCCACGUACACAAGAAGUACGGGGUGUGCCUGAUUGGUGUACGUCGGGAGGACAGUAAAAACAUCCUACUGAACCCGGGACCCCAGCACAUCAUGAGCGGCAGCGACACCUGUUUCUACAUCAACAUCACCAAGGAGGAGAACUCCACGGUGAAGACACAUGAGGAGAAGGGGAGGGGCCGGCCCCUGCUGGCGGGCUGCCAUGGCCCCACUGGGCUUCCGGUGCACAGCAUCAUCGCUAGUGUGGGCACAGUGGCAAUAGAUCUGCAAGACACGAGCUGUAGAUCUGAGUGUGGCCCCACCCUGCUGCUUCCCACGGACAGUGGCAAAGCAGGAAGCAGGAGGCCCAGCAUAGCCACCGUGCUGGAGGUGGCGGAUGCCUCCUGCAUCCAGUCAUGUGACCUCUUGAGUGACCAAUCGGAGGAUGAAACUUCGCCCUCCGACAGCGAGCUCUCAGCCAACGGCUAUGUUAAAGGAUAUCCUCCAAAUCUGCCUUAUAUCGGAAGUUCUCAGACAUUUUGCCAUUUACUCAAGGAAAGAGUGCCAUUCUGCUGCCUCAGGCUGGAAAAGAGUUGCGAUCACAACAGUCAUGUAGAUGCCAAAGCAUACAGCUUCCAGAACAAGGCGAUCAUAGUGUCAGCGGAGACUGCAGGCAAUGGCCUGUACAACUUCAUCGUUCCCUUGCGAGCGUACUUCAGGCCCAAGAAAGAGCUCAACCCCAUAGUGCUACUCCUAGACAAUCAGCCAGACUCACACUUUCUCGAGGCAAUCUGUUGGUUUCCCAUGGUUUACUACAUGGUUGGCUCUAUUGACAAUCUCGAUGACCUCCUUCGCUGCGGCGUCUCUUUCGCCGCCAACAUGGUGGUGGUGGACAAGGAGAGCACGAUGAGCGCGGAGGAGGACUACAUGGCCGACGCCAAAACCAUCGUCAACGUCCAGACAUUGUUCAGGUUGUUUUCAGGUCUCAGUAUUAUCACAGAACUCACACAUCCUGCCAACAUGAGGUUUAUGCAAUUCAGAGCUAAAGACUGUUAUUCCUUGGCCCUUUCCAAACUGGAGAAGAAAGAACGUGAGAAAGGUUCCAAUCUGGCUUUCAUGUUCCGCUUGCCAUUCGCUGCUGGAAGAGUGUUCAGCGUUAGCAUGCUGGACACACUCCUUUACCAGUCAUUUGUCAAGGACUAUAUGAUUUCAAUAACCAGGCUUCUUCUUGGUUUGGACACGACUCCAGGAUCUGGAUUUCUGUGUGCAAUGACAAUCACAGAGGAUGACCUAUGGAUCAGGACAUAUGGCAGACUCUACCAAAAGCUCUGCUCCUCCAGUGGAGACAUUCCCAUUGGGGUCUAUAGGACAGAACCCCAGAUAUCGCCAAAGUCAGAGUCUCAAAUUUCAGUGAGCGUGGAUGACUUUGAUGAUACAAAAGAGGUGAAGGAGCUCCGCAGCAGUCACCACAGCUCGAUGUCAAGCGAGCAGUCGGACCGGCCACUUCUGCGGAAGAAGAGCAUGCAGUGGGCACGACGCCUGAGCCGCAGGGUGCCGCGAGGUCUCAACCGCAGUGGGGAGAGGUUCAGCCAGCAGCGCAUGAGCCUGUACCGCCGCUCUGAGCGCCAGGAGCUGGCUGAGCUGGUCAAGAGCCGCAUGAAGAACCUAGGCCUCUCCACGGCUGGAUACGAUGAAAUGAGCGAUCACCAGAGCACGCACUCGUACGUUUUAAUCAACCCAUCGCCUGACACACGACUGGAGCUUAAUGACAUUGUGUACAUCAUACGAGCUGACCCACUGUCAUUUGAGACAGACUCAGGAAGCAGGAAAAGCAGUAUGGGCAACACUCCAGACAUCGGUGUGGAGACGAAGCAUGAAACUGAACUCUAAUCCAUUCCAAAGCAUGAAACCGAACUCUG